GUGGUCCCUGACGCCCCCUGUUUGCUCGUGAUGGUUCAGUCCAGUGAACGACGCUCAGUGUGGAUCCGGCGAGCGGCGGGGGAGAGUCAUUACAGCCGGCGCAGCGGGACGGAGAGUGAGCUGCUGAGCCCCGAGCGUUACACACGACAAGACACGGCGAAUCACAAGACUACAGGAUUCGGUCGAAGGAUUGGGAGAAACUACCUUUGAAGAAACUCGUUUUUUUCUGGAUUUGAAAAAAAAAGUGACGAUACAGACGCACAAAGUGACGGAAUCAGAAUAAACGCAUCUCGGAACGUUAAAAGUUUAAAAGAGUUAAAGUUGAUGAGUCCAAGGAGGUAUCUUGAAUGAAAGAACAAAGAAAAAGAUGUGAGAUUUUACGUUAAACGGUUGUUUGAGAAGCGCGAGCACGUUGCUUUCAUCUCUGUGGAGAGAAAUACUUUUUUUUUUUAUUUACAUCGCUUCAGAAUGUCAGAUUUUGGAUUACUGCAUUUGCUUCAACUUCAGAGUAAACAAAGGGGCAUGUGUAACCUGACUCUCUGUGUUUUACUCUUCCUGACGUGUCCCUGCUCGUCCUUAUCUUCAUGUCCUGCCCAGUGUUUGUGCGAAGCCACGGUGGUGAACUGUGUUAGCCAAAACUUGAGAUCAGUCCCACAGCCCCUUCCAGAAAACAUCACCGCGCUUAACAUCAGUGGGAACGAUAUAAGGAACCUGAACAAUGAAUCUUUCCCCAGGCCGCUGGAACAUUUAACACUCCUUUAUGUGUCUGGAAGCCAAGUGGAGGAAUUAGACUCCAUGGUGUUUAAAAACUUGCCAAGUCUGCGUUUACUUGACCUCAGCAACAACAGAAUUUCACAGUUCAGCGUUGAGGCUUUACCUCAAGACAACAAGAUUGAGGUUCUAAACCUCAGCAAAUCCUUAUAUAAUCACUCCUACAUCAGUGUGUUUGCAGAUCUUUUCAAACACAGCCUGCCCAAUGUUUCUCAUCUCGAUUUGUCCAGUAAUGACCUGGUGCUCUUUUCAGAAGGCAUAUUCACAGGUUUGUUGAACCUCACUGUUUUGGAUUUGAGGAACAACUCCCUUGUUACAAUCAGGAAUGAUACAUUUUGGAAUGUAUUAAAACUUAAAGAGUUGGACUUACGAGACAAUGCGUUGAAAGUCCUGCCCAACGCGACCCUAGAGAAGCUCAGUUCGAUCCCUGAUUUGCGAGUCAGACUCGCAGGAAACCCCUGGCGCUGUGAUUGCAAUAUUGAGGACAUGUUGUUUUUGUUGGCCAAACAUGAGUUUGUGGUAGACAUAUUAAACCUAACCUGUUCUGACCCGGUAGAACUAAAAAAUGUCCCACUUUCAGACCUGGAACAAUCCCAGCUCUCGUGCUGGAGUAACGCAGGAGAUGCGAUGAACCGUGCGCUGGAGCCCUCCUAUGUGUUCUUGGGGAUGGUUCUUGCUCUCAUUGGGGUCAUCUUCCUUCUGGUCCUUUACCUUAACAGGAAAGGGAUCAAGAGGUGGAUGUACAAUAUCCGUGACGCGUGCAGAGAUCAUAUGGAGGGAUACCAUUACAGAUACGAGAUCAACUCAGACCCACGGCUAGCCAACCUCAGCCUCAACUCCGAUGUGUGAAGAGACACAUUUGGAGAACUGGCUUGUACAACUGGCAUGCAAUGAUCGGACGCUAGCUUUGCAUGAAUACAAUACAUAUAUAACUGUAGAGGUUUGCAGUGACAUGCAUUCUUUUCCAUCGGAUAGGAAGUUAACUGGAUUUUGCAAGCAUCAACCCUGUUAUGUCAUUUAUAUAUUCUGGUGUGUUGCUAUAAUGUUGUCCAGUGACGCAUGAAUCAAGAACAUCAAGUGCAUACGUUUUGAAUUCAUAUUUAAUUUUUUAUAAAAGCACAAUGGACGGGACUGUGGAGGGAGUCUGUUUUUUCUGAUGAAAUCUGAAAUUACAGAGUAACCUGAUGUCAGAACAAACUGUAAUGUUAUUAUUUUUAUAGCUUAGUUAAUUUCUUCUGCAAAAAAAAAAAUUCAAACUGCCAUGCAUGUAUUUAUGUAUUUUUUUAAUCAAUGUAAAAUUAUGGCAAUAUCCACUUUUUUAUGAUGAGUUAUUGGUUUUUAUAUUUACAUUUACAUUUGUUGGCUGGACAUAGAUGAACUCUUUUCUCGGGGAUGCCCUGUUGAAUUAAAGGUCUUGCACUGA